UGGUAUUUACCUGCACUGCACUGAGCCUAAGUAACAGGUGUGUUGGACAUCUGACUCUGCAACUACCACCGCAGUUUUACGACUUUUCAUAGGAUGAUGUCACAAUGUUAUUACUUUUUUGGCCUAUUUCCUGCCUACGAGACAAGAGAUAAGUUCAGGAUCAUGCGCAGCUUUGAGCCCCUGCCGUGCCCCAUCUGCCAGCGCUCCUAUAGCUCCCCGGGCAACCUCAAGCAGCACCUGGAGAACAUUCACAUGUCAAGCAAUGAGCUGAACUUUGAAUGUCGCAUCUGUGGCAAUAAAUUCAAGAGCAAGUGGUAUCUGCACAAGCACCUUCACCGUGCCCAUCACAUACGUGGCCGCAAGGAAACCUAGGUGGCUUCCUUUGCCUUAAAUGUGUGUGUGAUCUGCAAACACCAUCCUUCUCCCGCUUUCCCCCACUCCCCCUUUCCUUCCUUCCCUCUUUCCCAUACCCCUAUAUGACUCAUAAAACCAUAAGUGAUGAUGGUUUGUUGACGGUGGCUCUGUUUCAGUACCUACAACCACCCAUCCACUUGUGAUCCUAACAUAAUGUUUAGUGGUGUCUUUUGUGAGUGCAUGCUGUACAACACUAGAAGAAAUAAAAGCUGUGUGCAGCAUUACAGCCAUAGGAGGGGAAUCACGGAAUCAGUGUUGGCAAUAGUUCCCCCUUCUAGGAUUUCCCACAAGUUGUGUGACCAUGAUUUGUGUAUGGGUACAUGUUGGUACUUUUGCAUCUCUGUGCCACAGAAAAAAAAAAGGAAAAAACAAAUAAUCAUCUUUUUGAUAUGGUCUACUAUGAUGAAGAGAAAUUAUAGUAACUAUUCUUGGCAUGUAUCACUUCAUACUUACAGAUGAUGCAGUUCAGAACUAGCAUUUGUUCCGAUGUGUCAUCUGUGAGCACAAAAUCAAGGAAGGUUACGUGACUACCGGUGAAAAGAUUAGACCUGCCAGUUUUUAAGAAAGAUAUAUUUAUUACAUAUAGUACAGUAUAUAAACACAGUUGCACAUUGACCUUGUAAAUGUAAUUGCUUGAUAUAUGUUUUCAAACUGUUCAUGCAGCUUUCUCCGAGUAUCCAAGUUGCUUGAAGCUGCCUGAAUAUGGGAUGCCACUAUGAAGUCUAGUGAUUUAAUAGGCAUACAAAGCAUAUUGUCUCCAUCCAAAGAGCCCCUUGUACACAAAUCAUGCAAUAACCCUUUUAAUGUGAAGGAGUAAUUUGAGGGCCAAAUAUUAAAAAGGACUAGUAUGAGUGAUUUAAUCAUGGUUAUGCAUGAUAAGAUAUAUAUAUAUACACACAUUUUGUUGAAUGAUGUCAGGUUUGAUUGGUGAGUUUGAAUAGUACAGUAUGAUUACCAUGUUUAUAUAUAUAUAUAUAUAUAUAUAUAUUUUUUUUUUAUACAUGUACAUGCACUCAUAUAUGCUGGACAUUUACAUUGAGCCAUAUAUAUACACACACAUCAGCACAAUUGCUUAUUUAUCUUAAAUACAAGAUUCUUUGGAAUGAAGCAAUGGCUUCAUUUACAAGAUAUUUUAUUAUUGUUUCUUUCUUAAGCUCAAUUUACACAUUGGCUUGGAGCAUAAGUGGGAUGUCCAUGACGAGACAUUUCUUAUAGUACUCUUUGGUGGGUAAAGCAGUUGGCAUAUUGACUGAUUACUGACCAACCUAAGUGCCUGAUCACCAAUUUGCCGUUAGUCACUGUCUUUGUUGGUGGAUUGGGCAGUUCCCAGGUCAUCAGUAUGUUAACCAUUGCCUUUUUCUGUCUGCCAUAUUUCUGGCAAUAACUGCAAGCCAGUUUGCCUUCCUGAUCAAACAAAAUGUGUUAGAGGUUUGAAGGUCGCUAGUGAGUGACAAAGUGAAUGGGCAGUGCAAGCAAUACAGCGCAGAUGUCAUACUAGCGCGGUGACCUUCUCGAGUCAGCCCAGUCUUGGUGCUGCAGUAAGCUUGAGGGCCAUGACAGGGAAAGCAAUCCACAUUCCUCUGCUUAUCACAGAGAGGGAAGCAUCAAGCAAAAGUUUUCCAUGGCCAAAACUGGAUGCAAACAUGGGCCCAUAUAGUAGAAGGUCCUUGCAUUACUGCACAGCUCGCCAAAACUACAAAUGAUGGAUUUUCCAACUCAUACCUGCUAGUCAAUAGUAGUAGUCCAGUAGUUUACAGGUGCUUUCACACACACACACACCACACCACACCACACCACACCACACCCUCCCCUCCCCAUACACCCCAUACCCUCCCCCUACACCCCAUACCCUCCCCCACA